UACUUUCAUAUUAUUGUCAGAUAAAUUAUUUUGUACUUUAAAAUUUGGACCUAUUGUUAAAAUUUAUAGAACUUGAGUUAUGGACACAAGAUUAAUCAGAGUUUAGCCGGUGACCACUCAAACAUUUUUACAGCAACAGAUAUCUAUCUUGCGGAAUGACAACAUACCAGCUCGUUCUCAUCUGCACCCUAAAUAGCUACUGCUCUUCUGGGGAGCACGUCCCCGGACCGAAGCCCAAGUCGCUCACUCCCCGAUCUCACAUCCGAUGCCCGAAAACUCGGUGCUAGUCCAGGUACUGCAGGCCCUCUGUGGCGGAAUCGCCGGAGCUAUCACCCGCAGCAUCACCCAGCCGCUGGAUGUGCUGAAGAUCCGCUUCCAGAUGCAGGUAGAGCCGGUCACCAACGACAAGGGGUCCAAGUACCGCGGGGUCAUCCACGCCUUCAAGUCGAUAUACGCCGAGGAGGGAAUGCGAGGGAUGUUCCGGGGCCACAACUCCGGUCAGGUCCUCAGCGUCACGUACGCCUUGGUGCAGUUCUGGUCCUACGAACAGCUCCGCUCACUGGCCCACCAGUCGGACUACUGGAACCAGCGUCCCUUCCUCAUGUUUUUCGUGUGCGGCGGCCUGGCUGGAUGCCUGGGAGCCGUGGCCGCCCAGCCACUCGACGUGGUGCGGACCCAGAUGGUGGCUGCCGAUCCCUCCUCGAACCGCAGCCAGAUGAGCACCCUGAGUGGACUGCGAAGGGUCUUCAGGAUGGAGGGCUGGGCGGGGCUCUCGCGAGGAUUGCCCUUCCAGUUGGUGCAGGUCUUCCCGCUGGUGGGGGCCAACUUCCUCUUCUACAAAUACCUGAAUGCCCUGGUGCUCAUGGCCAUGCCGCCGGCGCCGCCCGAUCACCGCCAGGAGAUCCACGGCGGCUUCCUCUUCCUCAACGGAGCGCUGUCUGGGGUGAUUGCCAAGAUGAUCGUCUACCCGGCGGACCUGCUCAAGAAGCGCAUCCAGCUGAUGGCCUUCACGCAGGAGCGCAAGACCUUCGGCCGCAACCCCGAAUGCCCAACGGUCCUGGGCUGCAUCGCCGCCACGCUCCGGGUGGAGGGCAUCGGAGGCUUCUACAAGGGAAUGUCGCCCACCCUCUUCAAGGCCGGACUGACCAGCGCCGUUUACUUCUCCAUCUACGACAUGUUCAAGCGCCACCUGAUUGGCCCCGUGAAGGAUGCCGACAAAAGUCGGCAAAAGCUUGGGAAGUAGUCAUAUCACAUCGUUGUGCAUUUUGAGCAGCAUCGCGUGAGGACGUGUGGAAUAUGGAUGAGCGAACGAGUCGAAUAUAAGUUAAAAGUUCCUUUGAUGGAGUGAGCUGGAGGCGUGAACAGUAGACUAGACGACCAGAUGGCCAAGGCCGGGCGUUGCCGCCUAUU